AUGAUUGGGGAUGAGGUCAACUUAAGCUUUAAGGAAGUAGUCUCAUCUCUAUCACAGAUACGCGACCAAGAAGAAAAAUUCCGAGUUGCUCCCACCAUUACACACUCCUCAUGGGCUUCUCAGCAAGCUAAUGGCCGAGAGCCAGUAGCGCAACCGGAAAUGUUCCCAUUAACUUCACCACUCCAUCGUGAAAUUUCGAUGACUGACGGCAGUGUCCAAGUGGGCAAGAAAGCCUAUCGCCCUCGAACAGAUUCGCUCACCGAAGGAGCUCUGGAAAGACUUAUUUCUGCUAGUACAGGGGACUUAUUGCCCACCAGUUCUUGCGACCAAUCUUGGAAGUCCUCUACAUCAUCCAAUGUUAGUAGCCUGACUUUUCAAGACCUAAAGUUUUACCUUGGCCUAUUGGGAAGCGACCAGGAAGAACAAAUAAAAGCCACUGAUGAACGCCCUCCGGGAAUCUUACCUCACGGUCACGAAACAAUUGCAGAGUAUGCGCUAGCUCCGCACACGUAUUCUUCUCCAGGACCACCAAAACGCCAGCGGCUCAAUAUAAGCUUCAAGAUCAACAAGGGAGAAACAAGAAAUCUCAAUGCCCUCACCAGUUUAUCACCAAACGUCGUCUUGUCCUCAAUUCGAAAUGAUCGGUUGAACCAUAAUCUGCUUGUCCCCUAUGAGAAUCUCAGUUCGGAAUCUUUGGAGAAAACAAAUCAUGCGGUUAAGGCUAGUACCAACAAUGGGGAAUCUUUAAAUACAAGCCAGGAGAUAGAUCAAAUUCCUCCAAAUCAAUCAAGCAGUCCACAAGAGCAUCCAGAACAUAUGGGACUCUUAUCUGACUUGCACAUGUCCAGUCUACAACACUAUUCGACCAACCCGCUCUUGACUUCUGUAGCAGGCCAUUGGGAAACUCAGACACUCAGGGAUGGCACUGCGUUAACCGGAAAGGGCUCUGUUUACCCACAAAUGAAUUCCACCAGCAAGGAAACUGCUGUCAAUAAUAGAUUCCCUGGUGUAAAGGUUCUUCCAGCAGAGAUGAAUUAUUUAGAGCCCUCUUCUCGAUUCACGGAUGGUUUGUACCAACAAGCCCAAGAAGAUGGUGUUGGAAUCUCACAUCAUCAUUCUGGCUUCACAAUCCCAGUUCAGAAUUAA